AUGAGACGUAACAUUACAGCAUACCUUAUUAUCCUAUCAGGGCUGAGCAUCUUUUACUUUGGCUCCUUGUAUCUUGUAUCGCGUACAAGCAGCAACCACACAGCUACUUCCGUUUCAUCGUCAUGUUAUUCUGUUAUGCAUGAUAGCAAUGACCUGGACACGCAUAGCUUACAGGAUGAAGCACCUAACAGCAUACAUGAAGAUGAUCAGCAACAGUCGCCUGAUCAUACAAAUAAUACACCACCAUCGAUAUCAUCGGAAAGCACGCAUCAUCCACCAUCAUCGUCAUCUUCAAAACCACCUUCACAAAACGAGUCGUCGACACAGCACAUCAACACCAACACAACAUUAACAUCAAAACGAGCCAAUGCCGUCAUUGUGAUCCUGUGUAGAAACAAUGAAUUAAAUGCCAUGCGUCGAACCCUACGUGAAUUUGAGGAUCGCUUUAAUCGGCAUUUCCAGUAUCCCUACGUGUUUUUGAAUGACGAAAACUUUACGGAUGUGUUUCAGGAUGCGAUAAAGCAAAUGACAACAGCCAAGGUUGAAUUUGGAGUUGUCCCUGAAUCCAUGUGGUCUGUCCCAAGCUGGGUCAAUACAAACAAAAUGAAUGAGCAAUUGGCCGAUUAUCAAGCACGCGGCAUUUUGUAUGGUGGCUCCUUGUCAUAUCGGCACAUGUGUCGAUUCAAUUCGGGUUUCUUUUAUCAUCAUCCACUCUUAGCCUCUUAUGAUUAUUAUUGGCGUGUCGAACCCGGUGUACACUUUUAUUGUGACCUUGACUAUGAUCCCUUUGUGUUUAUGCAGCAAAACAACAAGCUCUAUAGCUUCACAGUAGCCCUUGAAGAAAUCCCAGCAACCAUUCCAACUCUCUGGGAGCAUACAAUGCGGUUUGCUCAUGCACAAGGUCUCAAUACAACACUCUUACGCAUGUUUGCCAAUGAGCAAGAAGGCUACAACCUAUGUCACUUUUGGUCUAACUUUGAGAUUGCAUCACUCAACUUGUGGCGAGAUGAACGAUAUCAACAAUACUUCGAAUACCUCGACUCGACAGGCAACUUUUUCUAUGAGCGAUGGGGAGACGCUAUCGUGCACAGCCUGGCAACCGGAUUGUUUCUAGAAAAGGCGCAGGUGCACUUUUUCAAAGACAUUGGCUACAAGCACGAUAACUUUGCACAUUGCAUUGAUGACGGCGUGUUGGGCAAAUGCAUGUGCCCUGAGGAUACUCCCAAUUUCGAUUAUGCAUGGGGAUCAUGUCUACCCACGUGGGAUGCCUUCCCUGAAAAUGGCGUUUCUUGGGAUUUCAGACCCAAUGGAGACCAGAUCAUUGAUAAAGAUCGCAUUACCCAUCAUCCAGAAUUCAUAUCUUCUUCUUUGUAA